AUGCUCAGAUUUUUUGCAACCGUUUUCAUAUUGGCCAUUACAUCAGCAGUCCCCUUCAUCGAACCGCCAAAUCGGCUCACGAAAAAGUUAUCAGAGCUAGAGGCCCGUCAAGCGUGGAAGGACCUCGGAGCUGGCGAUGCUGUUUGUAUCGAUAUCGAUGAAACGCUGAGGAAGGACAAUGUGUUUCAGGAACUGGGCCGAUGGAUGGGUAUGUUCGAGGUUGUAAAUAGUAUCACCCUUCUACCACACAACGCUACUUUCACACACGCUGAUGCGAUGCGAAUGCGCCUCGAAAUUAUGAACGUCACCCGGGAACAAUACGAGCAAUUCCUCGAGCUUCAACUGAAUACGACACAGGCAAAUCUAGCACCCGGUGCCAUCGAUCUGAUCGCGGCGCUCCGGAAAAAGGGCGUUGAUGUGUAUCUGGUUGGCGGGGGCUUCAGAGAAAACACGAAUAACCUUGCGGAUUAUUUGGGGAUUCCAAGGGACCACACGUUCUCGCAUGACCUCAUCUUCGACGAGCAUGGCCAUUACAAGGAGCUGGACGUGUCCGGCGUGUCGGAUGGACAGGGGCAUCACGGCAAAUCGAACGUGCUGCGGGUGAUGAAGGCGGCGCGCGGGAUCAGGAAGCUGGCGAUGAUCGGCGACGCGACAAUCGACAUGGUAGCAUGUCUACCGGCUGACCUAUGCAUUUGGUAUGGACGGUUUAAUAAAGACCUGCUCGCACAAGCCGUCGCCGACUGGAACCUGCUGGACAUGGAGGAGUUGACCAAUGCAUUA